UGAUGCGUCAAAACAGCCUUGAAAACAGUAGAGCCGCAUAGCGCUCGAAAAUUCGGAAGGGUGGUGGUAAUAACCGAUUGCAGGUCGGGUUGCCGAAUACCGCGGGCCGUUGAACGGGUUGCAGUUGCUGCAGGGCCGGCAUCGUGGUUGGCCUCUCGGUUGCGCGCGAUUCGCGUGCCAGCUUCGCUCGAUACCCGCUGCGGCAAAACUAUCUGGUUCCGCUGGUAACAGACUGCUGUGUGGUGGGAGCAGCCUCUGUUUUAUUUCUGUCUCGGUGUCCGUCUGCACCGGGAGCCAACAGACGCAAUCGUGUGCAGUUUUCGCGUCGUUCGGUCACAGUAUUCACAGUGCACCAGUCCGACAUUGCGAUUAACGAUCCUUCACGAUCGUCCAUCCCGCCAUGGAGGACAGUUACAUGGUGCACAGGCGACGCAAGGCGGCAGCGAGAAGGCGGGAAAAGACACCUGAUCCGUCGUCAAGGAACCAACAGCUGGUCGAGACGUCCGACGACGAGGAGGAAGCGAGACGCGCCAGAAUGAUACAGAUGGCGGAGGAUGCCGAGCGGAUGGAAUUGGACGAGGACACAAAGGUUAGGGACGAAUUGGAACCGAGGAUAGAGGAGAAGAAGAAAAGUCCAUUGAAAGUCGUGGAACACGAUACGUUAUGGAAGAUGGGCGAGAGUUCUCCUCCGAAAGAAUCGCAAACACGUGAAAGUGACGCUAAAGACGAGGCAAGUGCUCAGUCGAUAAAGAAGGAGGUGAUCAGUAAAGUUGAUAACGGAAGUCCAGUGAAAGAAGAGUCGACGAUCGUUGAGGUUAUCGUGAAGGAGAAAGGAUAUAAGGAUGAUGUGUCGAAAGAAGAAUCAGGAAUUAGCGAAGUUAUCGAAAAGGAGAAGUACAAAGAUGCUAUACCUAAAUCGAAAGAAAUUGACGGUGAUGUCGAUCAACCGGUUGAACCUAAGAAGGUGGAGAGACGAUUGAAAAAGAAAUCGAGGGAACGAUUGGAGAGGCAUGGUCAGUCGAGCGACUCCAGUGAUAUGGAGGAAAUGGAGAGACAUCCGAGGAGAACGAAAUCACCGGAAGUAGGAAAGGUUAAGACGAAGAGAACAGUAUCGAAGAAGACCAGCAGUGGUGAUCUUGAUGUUGCAACGAGACACGUAAUCGAGAAGCCCCCGAGGGAAAAGAAAUCGAGUAGACAAAAGCUCGAGGAAGAUGUUCAAGUGAAACCGGAGAGGAGACGAUCCAGAUUGUACAGUCAAACUGACGACACCGACGAGGAUCGUAAAAUAAAGAAAAGCGAGUCGUUCCCUCGGCAGGGGACUGAAGUGAUCAUGAAGAGAUCCAGCUCGGAUACGAAGAAACAGAUAAUCCCUUUGAGCAACGACAGCUUAAUACAAGACUUCGCCAAGGCUCAAGAAGAGUAUCUAAAAAGAGAACAGAGUAUCCUUGAUCCUGAUACUCCAGACGUGUUCGAAGAUGCUCAAGAAACGAUACUGAGAAGAAGGAAAUUCAGCACGCUGCUCACAGAAAGCGAGGAAAUUGCUAUCGAGAAGUCGAUCGAAAAAUUGAAAGAAUCCGAGAAGAAGAGGAAGAAGUCCUGGUUCUCCUGGCUUUCUUUCUUCGGUAAGAAAAUAGAAGAAAAAGAACCAGAGAAUAAGAGGGACGAAGGAGGACCAAAGAAGAUUUCGGAUAUCGAAGAGACGUCGCAGACGAAAUUCAGGAAAUUAAUUACGGACCAACCGACGAAAGUCACUUUGAUGGACUUUCUGAGGGCGUUGAGGGAUGUAAUUGCCGAGUUUAAAGCAUUCGUGGAGCAAAAUCCCAAGGAGACACAAAUUGUAAGGAGAUUGAGGAAUCGUUGCUUGUCAGAGUUGAUGUUGGUGAUGAUCUAUUGCGGUUUGGGCGCGUUCGUCUUCCGAUUCACCGAGGGGGCAUUCGAGACCUUCUACAAAUGCGGCGUGAAAAGGGUGAAACGUGAUUUCUUGGACACUUUGUGGAACUACAGUCACAAUUUGAGGGAGGACGAUUGGAAGAGCAUGGCUCGGCGGAAGUUGAUGGAGUUCGAGGAGCAAUUGCACACGGCCCACGAGGCGGGGGUUCACACGUACAGCGGGCAAAGAAGUUGGAGCUUUUUGAACGCCGUUGUUUACUGUCUGACCGUCAUAACCACCAUCGGAUACGGCCACAUUUCACCCAGUACCAACACCGGAAGAGCAAUCACAAUAGUUUACGCUAUCUUCGGGAUUCCGAUGUUUCUGAUAAUAUUGGCUGAUUUUGGCAAAUUAUUUACACGUGGUAUCAAGUUCCUUUGGGCGUUCGUGAGAAGGCUCUAUUAUACCGGAAGUUGCCGGAAAGUUCGUCGAACUGUACCUGUCCAAGAGGUAAUGAAAGGCGUACAAUUGGUGUACGAUCUAGCAACAUUUAAGAGGCCCUCGCAGAUUAAUCCAGAGGACAUUGAAGAAAUGCAGAAACAGGCACAACAAUCUCAAACUGUUCUCAACUUAGAUGGAAACGUGCCUGAUACACCUGAAACACCAGCAAUGUCAGCGUUUGCUGUCGACGACGAGUUCAAUUUACCGAUUUCUGUUGCCAUCUUUAUCCUUGUCGUUUACAUCUUCAUCGGCGCGGCUAUAUUCUGGUGGUCGGAAGAAUGGGGCUUCUUCGAGAGCUUCUAUUUUGUCUUCAUCUCCAUGAGUACUAUAGGUUUCGGCGAUUACGUGCCACAGAUGCAUCCCGUAUACAUGAUGGGUUCGAUAAUAUACCUGGUGUUCGGCCUGGCCCUCACAUCUAUGUGCAUCAAUGUUGUACAGGUGAUGUUAUCAGAUUCAUUCAGGCAGGCAAGUCAGAAGAUUGGCGCGACGAUUGGCUUUGAAGUCGCUGAAGAGGAUCGAUCAGUGAAUCCAGUGAUUCCUCCACCUGUUGAAAUAGCUGAUGUUCAUGUUUCCGUCAAAGAGUCCGAUAGCGGCGAGAGAAUCGCACCCAAAGCCAAACAAGAAGACAUGGAUUUAUAGAAAUUUUCUAAAAAAAAAUUUUUAAAAUUGAAAAAAAUAACAAAAGAAUAUUCUAAUCAUCCAAUCGAUUGCUGCGUUCGCACAACAAGCACCAAUGACACGCGCGCAUUUUCGCUUUAAAGCCAUGUUUGUUCGCUCGCUUAAACGAACAAUGUUCAAUGACGAAUUAAAAUAAUGGAAAUAAAAUCACUAAAGAUAUACACACGUAUAUAUAAUUCUCUUUGAGAUUGGUGCUCGAUCCAAUGUGCUGUUCACAUGUGUACAUGAACAGUGUUAUACAUAUAUAAUGGCCAAUCGACACUUUAAGCUCUUUAUGGGACACAGGCUGUUAAAACAUAUGAUCUAUCAAUUACUGCACUCUAGUCAUAAUAAAAAAUACACGUAAUUAUGAAUUUCUUUAUGUUUAUGGUAUGAAACUAUCUUUGAAGCAUUUUUUGAUAAUUGAAAUUAUAUUAAUAUAUUACUUUUGAUCAAUUUACGAAUCGAUAGGAAAUUUGAGUUUAUUUUUAGAUUUUUCUAAUUGGAAAACUAAAGUUAAAAUAAGUAAGUUCCGUGUCGUGCAAUCAUUGAAAGAAUUUAUAAUUCUAAUGCAUGAUAAAAAUAUUAAGAGAGCAAAGAUAUUUUUUAACUUUUAAAAAGAAAAGAUAAAAAAAUCAAAAAUCGCUAUAAUUCUAUGAUUUUUUUAUUAUGAAACAAAUUUUAAUCAAGCUUGAGUAAAGUAUUUGAGAUUUUUAGAUGUAAUAAAAAAAAAUUGCAAUAGGUUAUAGCUACGUAUAAUUAAAUAUUCUAAGCUAAUCUACUUGACUUGAA